AUGGCGGCUUCACUGCCCGGGACUGACCAUAACCUGCCUUUCACACAGCCCGUUUGCCAGAACUGUCAGACAUCGACCACUCCGCUAUGGCGACGCGACGAAGCCGGUUCGGUCCUCUGCAACGCCUGCGGACUUUUCCUCAAACUCCACGGCCGACCUCGCCCAAUCAGCCUCAAGACCGAUGUAAUCAAAAGUCGCAACCGAGUCAAGACUGCCAACCAAGGGCCUAAAAGGAAGUUCGAAUCAAAUGGCCAUACUCCCGCUCAGGCCGAAAUGGCCACUCCUCCAAAUGGAGUCAACGCACAUCGUCGCGUCUCCCAGAUGGCUGCCUCUGUCACUUCUGACCGGUCGCAUUCUCCCGUUUCCCGGAGUGGGACACCUGGCGCACAGCACGAUCCCAAUAUUGCACCCCAGCACCUCUUUGAUUCCGCUGCGGCGGUGAAUGACCACCAGUACAACGGAUCUCCUUCCCUACCCGCUCUCCACCUCAGCCAACACUCUCCAAGCGCAAUUUCCAUCAAUAAUGACCGCCAUCUGGAAGCGCCCAUGAGUUAUGAUCAGCUAAUGGCUGCAAAUACCAACCUCCGAACUCGCGUCUCUGAACUAGAGGUAAUCAACAUGGUAUAUUCCGACAACGAGAACAAUCUUCGCACCGAGCGAGAUCGAGCCAUACAGGAGCGAGACGACUUGAAGCGAAAAGUCGCAGAGUUGGAGAAACAGCUUCAAGAUAUUACUAGUAAUGACCAGGGACCCCAUUCGAAAAAGCCACGACUAUCACACGAACCCCAGGAAUGA